AUGAUAAGGGUGGCGCUGGAUGCAAAUGUAAUCGGGUUAAGGGGAGAAAAAAUGAGGAAGUCUCGAAACCAGAAGGUGAUCAUCGAUUGUGAUACCAGAGAGAAAAUGGUUAAGGUAGCUGACCGACUGAAUGCCAGUAAUACGGGGCUCUUGAUUGACAAAAAUGCACUUAACAACUUCACACUUAUUGAGGAACAUACUGUAGAUCAAUACCAAUAA